CAGCAUGGCGGGGACUGAUUUGUAUAGACUAGAGACAUGAACACAGCUUCGAAUACGUCGAGAGGUCUCAUCUCCCCUCCACUCUCAACUCGAUUGCAUAUAGUCCCAAGUUCGAUUUACGGUACCAACUCCUAACUUGACGAAUCGAUAAGUCGUGUCUACCAGGUAGGUUAGCUCAUCAGCGCCACAGCUGGGAUAUCACUCCCAAACCAUGGAGGGCUGUGAAGGACCUCUUCCGUCAUCAUGUUGAUUCCAGCCUCUAUUGACUUCCAUCGUCGACGUUUCAAACUCUUCCGAAGAUCCCGACGUAUCGAGCGAGCCAUCUAAUGGCAUGAAGAAAGCCAAGAAAGUCGGCACUACGGACCCAACAACAUCGACAGCGGAGCUAGAGAGUAUUGGAGCUACAGAACCAGCCCCAGCUCGCGAUGAACCACAUGACAAUGUUGCAUUGCAGCAGGAACAUGCGAAAGCCAAAGAUAUCAAGGAGAAGAGCGGCAACGAAGUGCAGCAACCCAACACAAUCGCUCCAGUGCCGGGACCCAUCAAAGCAGAAGCAGAAGACGACGGAAGCGAAGACGAGAAAUCAGUUUCGCCUGACGGUAGCGACGAGGACUACGAUUCCGAAGAAGAUGGCGAUGACAAACCCUACGGUUCUGGCCUUGAACGCGACCCCGACCAGAGCGGGGGUGUGAUGAUGGCCCCUCUUUCCGCCGAAGAUGAGUUGGCGGCGGAGAUUGGAUUUGCAAAACAAGAUGAUGAGUUUGAUGAGUACGUCGAAGAGCAUGGCGAUGUUGUUCUAAAUCGGGAUCUAGCAAGCGACUCGGACGACAGCGAGGAAACAACUGACCGGAAACGGGAAGAGUUGGCGGAACUGGAGAAUGAUAUGAAUGACUUUUGAUGACUUGAUGUGUAUUUGAGGCCUAGGUAUUUUUGCAAGACUUUACCACCGUUGUUUAAAUGUCAGAAGAUGUUGAGCUUGAUCACAUGUUCAGACGUUCAUGCUGCUCUUGAAUACUCAAAGUUUUAUAAUUGUUAUAUCUCAUGUAUUUCAUACUUUCCCUCUCAAUUUCUAUUUGUGUAUCGACGGAUGUUACGAUUUACCUGCCUUG